AUGGCAGAGCAAGAUCCCAGCAAGUUGCCAACGCCGUCGGCGUGCGUGGCAGAAGGAUCCUGGGACGAAUGCAUGACCAUCAUUGGCCAGUGCCACUCUCUUGUUCAUGCCAAUGGGGUGGUGAGGAUACAGAGUGAUAUCCGCAUCGGGACUCGAACGGAUAAGAAGCAAGGGUUCGAAGAUAAGGUGAAAGCAGUGGAGGAUCUGCUUGCACAGGAUGAGUAG